UGGAGUGCGCGGCGGGGAAGGGAAGGGAAGUGAGGGAAGGACGGAGGGGCUGCCAGCCUACUCCGCUCAAGCUGUGGCACAUUUAAAGGAAUUAUAAUACCCUGCGUGGUCACUCCUGCCUGUGAUGCUGAAGAUUCCCGUUCUCUGGCCGUCAUGCAGCUUUAGCUCGAGAGCUACGUCAGCAAAACCUUAACGUCCCGAUGCCGUCUGUCCAUCAUUGACGGAGCUGCGCUUGAAGAAAUGGACUUGGCCCCUCAUGCUGGGUUACAUCUUUGAGAACACAGCUCUGCUCUUCCCUGAGACUCAGAUGGGUGACUUAUGACAAUGUAAUUGAUAGGGGGGCUUAAGUUCCGCAAGCAGCUGCAAUCAGCUUGAGCCCUGGAGUAGACGACAAGACCAACCUGCUGCCUGCAGUCGCUGGAGGGCUCCAGGGCUCCUCUACAGUCAUGCAGUCCUCAGAGGAGUUGUUCAACAGGAAACUGAAGGCCUUGAAUGGCAGCAUGGGGCCUCCAGCUGCUAGCAUGCAGGGGAAGCCCGAGGGGGGCGGAAAAGCCAAUGGCACACCUGCUGUGCCCAAAAUGGGGGUGCGCGCCAGGGUGUCCGAAUGGCCUCCAAAGAAGGAGAACUGGGAGAGCCGUGGUGGACCAAACUACGAAAGUGUUAUUAUGGCCUUUCAAAAUGGGCAGCUGGACCAAAGCUUAGAAAUCCCUGACGUGAACGAAGCACCUCUGGAACAUGAUUGUCCUGACACAAAGUAUUCGCUGAAUGACCUUUUGAGUCGCUCCCCUUUGAAGGGACUUCACCCAAUCCGACAGCGGAGCAACAGCGACGUGACCAUCAGCGAUAUCGAUGCCGAGGACAUCAUGGACCAAAACGCCGUCAACCCGAACACUGGUGCCUCGCUGCAUCGAGAAUACGGCAGCACGUCCUCUAUAGACCGGCAGGGUCUAGGCGGCGAUGGGUUCUUCACGUUGUUGAAGGGUUACCGAGUGGACACGUUGGACCAUCGGAGCGCUCCUCCAUUCGGUUUCCCCGAGCUUCUACGCUGCGACACCGCUCUGUCACCUAGCUUGCAGACAGCUGCUCAGAUAGCACGUGGAGAGAUCGUCCGCAUCUCGGGCUACGACUACGUGGAUGCUUCCCUGUUCUACAGCCGUGAGAGGGAGAAGUCCUUCAUGCGAAGGCUCAAGUCGGAAUCGUCCGAAACGUCUCUCUUCCGGAAACUGAGAACUAUCAAGAGUGAGCACGACGGCUUCCGGCUUUCCACGGAGCAGGAAGACCGCCGGCCUCUCGGUUUCCAGAAGUGUUUUGCUCACUAUGACGUCCAGAGCAUACUCUUUAACGUCAGUGAGGCCAUGGCAAACCGGGCCAACCUCGGCCAGAGGAAGAACACCACCACCGGUGCCUCGGCUGCUUCGCAGUACCAGGUCCCAGGAGGCGGUGCCGUGAGUGGGAAUGCUGCCGGCCCUCCUCCCAUCUUUGAAUCCCCGCUGGGCAGCCAUGAAGACUUGAACCCUAAAGAGAACCUGGAUGCUGACGAGGGUGACGGGAAGAGCAAUGGGUUAGUGCUGAGUUGCCCACAUUUCCGCAACGAGAUUGGCGGCGAGGGCGAGAGGAGGAUCUCUCUCUCGCGGGCCAAUAGCGCCACCUACAGUGGAGGUGGAGAAAACUGUUCCUUUGAGUCCUCGUUAAGCUCACACUGCACUAACGCUGGCGUUUCCGUGCUGGAGGUACCGCGAGAAAACCAGCCCAUCCACCGCGAAAAGGUCAAGAGAUACAUCAUUGAGCACAUCGACUUAGGAGCGUACUAUUAUCAUAAAUACUUCUAUGGGAAAGACCACCAGAACUACUUUGGGGUGGAUGAGAACCUGGGUCCAGUGGCGGUCAGCGUGCGGAGAGAGAAACUUGAAGAUGGGAAGGAGAAAGAUGGAUCACCAUACAAUUACCGCAUCGUCUUCAGGACCAGCCAGCUGACGACUCUCCGCGGGGCGAUUCUGGAGGAUGCUGUUCCCUCCACAGCGAGGCACGGCACAGCGCGCGGCCUCCCGCUGAAGGAGGUGCUGGAGUACGUGGUUCCAGAGCUCAACAUUCAGUGCCUCCGACUGGCCCUCAACUCCCCCAAAGUACCGGAACAGCUCCUCAAACUGGACGAGCAGGGGCUGAGUUUCCAGCACAAAGUGGGCGUUCUGUACUGCAAGGCGGGUCAGAGCACAGAGGAGGAAAUGUACAAUAACGAGAGCGCAGGGCCUGCGAUGGAGGAAUUCCUGGACCUGCUGGGUCAGAGAGUGCGACUGAAGGGCUUCACCAAGUACAGAGCACAGCUGGACAAUAAGACGGAUUCCACCGGCACCCACUCGCUCUACACUACCUACAAGGACUACGAGCUGAUGUUCCACGUGUCCACCCUGCUCCCGUACACCCCCAACAACAGGCAGCAGCUGCUCAGAAAAAGACACAUAGGAAAUGAUAUCGUCACCAUCGUGUUUCAGGAGCCGGGAGCCCUGCCCUUCACCCCUAAAAACAUUCGCUCCCACUUCCAGCACGUAUUCGUCAUCGUCAAAGUCCACAAUCCAUGCACUGAAAAUGUCUGCUACAGCGUGGCUGUAUCUAGAUCGAAAGAUGUGCCUCCAUUUGGUCCUCCUAUUCCUAAAGGUGUGACCUUCCCAAAGUCGGCGGUCUUCAGGGACUUCCUGCUGGCCAAGGUGAUCAACGGUGAGAACGCGGCACACAAGUCGGAGAAGUUUCGUGCCAUGGCAACACGCACACGCCAAGAGUACCUUAAAGACCUCGCGGAGAACUUCGCGAGCACAGCCACGGUGGACUCGGCCGUGAAGUUCAGCUUCAUCACGCUGGGCGCCAAGAAGAAGGAGCGCAUCAAGCCGAGGAAGGACGCGCACCUCCAGAGCGUAGGAGCCGUGACGUGGAGCGUGGUGGCGCGCGACUUCGGCCAGUCGGCGGACGUGGAGUGCCUGCUCGGCAUCUCCAACGAGUUCAUCGUGCUCGUUGAGGAGGAGUCCAAGAACGUGGUCUUCAACUGCUCCUGCCGGGACGUGAUCGGCUGGACCUCCGGCGUCAUGAGCAUCAAGAUUUUCUACGAGCGCGGUGAAUGUGUGAUGCUCUCGGCGCAGGACAACUGCGGAGAGGACAUCAGAGAAAUCGUCCAGCGGCUUGAGAUCGUCACAAGAGGCUGCGAGACGGUGGAGAUGACGUUGCGGCGGAACAGCCUGGGGCAGCUGGGCUUCCAUGUGAACUUUGAGGGUAUAGUGGCCGACGUGGAGGCCUUCGGCUUCGCCUGGAAAGCGGGUCUGCGGCAGGGCAGCCGGCUGGUGGAGAUCUGCAAGGUGGCCGUGGCGACGCUCACUCAUGAGCAGAUGAUCGACCUGCUGCGCACUUCCGUCACGGUCAAGGUGGUGGUCAUCCAGCCUCAUGAGGACGGUGCACCCAGAAGGGGCUGUUCAGAGCUGUACCGCAUCCCCAUGGUGGAGUACAAACUGGACAGUGAGGGCACGCCCUGCGAGUACAAGACCCCCUUCAGGAGGAACACCACCUGGCACCGGGUGCCCACCACCCCAGCAGGCCAGCCUCUACCAAGAGGGUCUCCCACGCAGUGCCCUGAGCGAGGCCAGUGCCAGCCCAUCCUCCAGCACAGCCAGGCCUCCAUCCCACGCAGUACAUCCUUCGACAGGAAAUUACCAGACAACUCCAGGGCUCUACAGGACAUGGAGAAUCCUCAGAUCUCCUGCAGUAAGGCAGAGGGCAGUCAGCACUACCGCAGCUCGCCCAGUAACCAGUCGUCCUCCAGUGAUCCAGGACCGUGUGGGAGCGCCACCUGGAGCCAGCAGCCCGGAUACGAGGGUUGCCAGUCUCCUGUACUGCACGAGCGCUCCUCUGAGACGCAGGGCAUGCUGGGAGACGGUGACGGGCUGAGAGAGAGAGAGCCCACACUGGAGAGAGCGCGCUCUGCAGAGGCCAAGUGGCACAUGCCCUCCACCAAGAUCCUCAACUCCCUGAAAGAGAGAGGCAAGGACUCGCCCAACAAGCUGACCCGGGGUGGAGAUAAGAACUCCAGCCACUCCAGCAGCAACACUCUGUCCAGCAGUGCCUCCAGCAGUAACAGCGAUGAGAAGCACUUUGGAUCCGGUGACCUGAUGGACCCGGAGAUGCUCGGCCUCACGUACAUCAAAGGAGCCUCCACGGACAGCGGAAUAGACACUGCACCGUGCUGCGCCCCCCCUCCGCCUCCGGGCGUGGCCUCCGCCGGCGUGGCCCGCAUGGUGCUGCAGGGUCGGGGGGCGGUGGAGCAGGGACACUCCUGGACGCCGGAGCAUCCAGAGGACGGAGGAGCAGACGAGGAGCACGCCAAGCUGUACCUGCCCCAGAGCUACGCCGCGGCGCUGGCAGUCGGACACGCGGCCACCGACAGCAGCGUGGGAGAUCUGAGCGAGAUCCCCACACACUCCAGGCAGCUGUACCUGGCGGAGGCGGCGUGCCGGCUGCAGGGAGUCGAGAGGGACAGAGACGGGAGGCUCCAGGCAUCCAUGUCGAAGGAGGAGUACCUGAAGAUGAUGCUGCCGGACAGUCCACCUGGAGAGGAGGGCCGCAGGAAGGCAGCAGCUGCUGGCGGCCUGUCCCCGCGCCGCUCUCUGUACCGCACUCUGUCGGACGAGAGCGUGUGCAGUAACCGCAAGGGCUCGUCCUACGCCAGCUCCCGCAGCUCCAUGCUGGACCAGGCUUUACCCAACGACAUCCUGUUCAGCAGCACUCCACCGUACCACAGCACGCUGCCCCCUCGCAUCAGCCUCAGCCAGCCAGCGUCCAACCUCCGCAAUGAGUUCUGGUUCUCCGACGGUUCCCUGGCAGACAGGUCAAAGUUUAAUGACCCAGGGCUCAUGCCCCUUCCAGACACUGCCACGGGCCUGGACUGGUCUCACCUCGUCGAUGCAGCUCGCGCUUUCGAAGACCAGCGUGUGGCUUCUUUCUGCACCAUGACUGACAUGCAGAGAGCUGAGGCUCUGCAGAUCUCCCAGGAGCUCACUAAGCGAGUGGCUGCAGUGGAGGGAGCAGCGCUGCAGGCGGGUGACAGCUCACCUGCCACGCUGACCGGCAAAGUCAACCAGCUGGAGGUCAUCCUGAGGCAGCUCCAACAUGACUUAAGAAAGGAAAAAGAGGACAAAGCCAUCCUGCAGGUGGAGGUGCAGCAUCUUCGGCAAGACAACAUGCGUCUGCAGGAGGAGAGUCAGACGGCCGCUGCCCAGCUCAGGAAAUUCACCGAAUGGUUCUUCAGCACCAUCGACAAAAAGCCCUGAGAGAAGCCCUCACAGGCAAGCAGAUGGACCGUUAGUUAGAGUACCGCCCCCAGCGUGCCCUCUGUGCUCCAGGAGAUCAGGGUUCUUCAAGAGGGCACCCUCGGGGGGGAGAGAGAACCACUGGAACGCUGUCAGUCCCUGGAGCGUCGUAUACUCUUUAGUACAACCCUGUUGGUGCUUCAGACAUCGCAGAGCUACCUGAGCUAACAAGGCCAUCAGAGGUCCUGAGAGAGGAUGAUUGUAAGUAGCAUAUUCUGGCUGAGGAAAGUCGCUCUGCUGGUGUUGAGUUGUGAGAGGAUACGACUGAAGGAUUCUCCACAACGAGUCAAACGGAGACGAGGAGGAAUGUACCGGACGAUAUGAAGUGGUACCCAGUUCCCUAUCCGAACCUCCGCUCGGAGGCCGGAGGACGAUGGCAGUGGAAUAUGAAUGUAAUUCACUCAGUCCUGCUUUGGCUUCUCAUUUCUAAGAUCCUUUAUUUGUCAUUUAUCCAUCCCAAACUUUGUACGUAAUGAAGUACCGUUGCUGUUGUGGCACUGCACCAUAUUUCACGUGUAUCCGAAGAGCUAGUUAAUUUAUAGUCAAUAGUUUAUAUCCACAGUCAUCAUGUCCUAGCAAUAAAAUGUGGUAGUAGCAGAACUUAAAGAACAUUAGCACAAAAUGUGAGUUCCUGUUAAGGUGCGGUCGUACUGUAUUUAUUUUUAUUCAAUAAGAGUCUGUGCCUCGAAAAAGAUCUGAAAUUAAGCGUUUCUAUGCCUCGUUUCGCUCUUUUUCGUUCUUUCUUCUGAACACAUGCCUUCUCUCCAUCGCUCACCGAACCCCGUUGUUGUUGCGGCGUCGACACAUUUCUUCUUCAUAGUUUCUCUCCGUGUCUCCAGACUUCAUGAGCCGGCGAUCCACACUCACGAUGCCAAAACCUGUUUAUCUCUGUACAGAACCUCUGCUGAAGUGUCUUGUAUUUAACACUGUUAUUUAAGCUUAUUUAACCUAAAUUUGUUUAUUUUAUUAAACAAAGGGUUUGUUUUGAUUUGUUUUCUCUGCACUAAGUGGAAGAGGCUCUGAUUAGGCUAGACUGUAACGCGUGUAGCUUUGACAGGGCUGUGUGGAAUAUAUAGAAAUAUUAAAGAGUUUUGUUUUUCUUCAUUCCAACAUUUGGAUGCUGCUAGAUUACACUGUCUUUGUUUGUAUGCUUUUAUUGUAAAUUUGUUUCAUGUAAGAUGGUCAUUUUUCUUUCUUUUUUUUAAUAAAUGUAUGUAAAAAUUUGGUAGUUUACACAAAUGUUAUUUUGAUGUUAACAACUAAUAAAUGAGUUAACAGUGGAAGACAA